AUGAAAACUUGGGGUGCCAAGGUUCACCCAUCACCAUCUGAGUUAACUGAGGCAGGCCGUAGAAUUCUCCAAUCAGAUCCUUUGAGCCCUGGUAGUCUAGGAAUAACAAUAAAGGAAGCUGUAGAGGCUGUUAUAGGAGAGGAAUGCAUAAAGCAGAUGACAACAUUUGGUGAGACCCCCGAUGUGAUUAUUGGGUGUACUGGUGGAGGGUGCAACUUUGGAGAGUUGUGUUUCCCUUUUAUUAGAGAAAAGCUGAUUGGUAAAAUGAAUCUUCUCAAAAGAUCUAUUGAGCCUACUGCUUGUCCUUCCCUGGCCAAAGGCGUUUUUUCUUAUGGCUCUGGGGAUCCGACUGGGAUGACUCCAUUGUUGAAGAUGCAUACCCUUGGUCAUGAUUUCAUUCCAGAUCCUAUCCAUGCUGGUGGACUGCUUUACCAUGGUAUGACACCACUGAUUUCACAUGCAUAUGAAUUGGGUUUGAUGGAAGCAGUGGCAAUCCUGCAAACUGAAUGCUUCCAAGCUUAUGUUUCCAAAACAAAGAAAACAAUGCAUUGCAAGUAUAGUUCCCAUGAAAGAAAAUUUAUCUGGUACAACUGA